CACAAAGUGUCUUUGCUAAGGUCUGUUCACUUGCAACAAUGGAUUGGACUAGGUCCACUUGCAUUCUCUCUUUCAUCUUGUUUUUUGCUCACAUAGCUGCUGUGUCGAUUAGGCAUCAUUCUGAAGGAAACGCACGAGAUGCAGAUUUUGAUGAACAGAAGGAUAUUUCAGAGAUCAACUUAGCUGCGGGGUUGGACCUCUUUGAAGGGGACAUCGUCCUGCCGAAAUCCAGGAAUGGGCUGAGAGACCCCAGCGCCAGGUGGAAGUUCCCCAUCCCUUACAUUCUGGCAGACAAUCUGGAAUUGAAUGCCAAAGGAGCCAUUCUCUAUGCCUUUGAGAUGUUCCGCCUCAAGUCCUGUGUGGACUUCAAGCCCUAUGAAGGAGAGCGCUCCUACAUCAUCUUUCAGCAGUUUGACGGGUGCUGGUCUGAGGUUGGUGACCAACAUGUGGGGCAGAAUCUUUCCAUCGGCCAGAGGUGUGACUAUAAGGCCAUCAUCCAACAUGAGAUCCUUCAUGCUUUGGGAUUUUACCAUGAGCAGUCAAGGAGCGACCGGGAUGAUUAUGUGAAAAUCUGGUGGGAUGAAAUUCUUCCAGGUUAUGAGCACAACUUUAACACCUAUGAUGACAGCUUCAUCACAGACCUCAACACGCCCUAUGAUUAUGAGUCUCUAAUGCACUACGCACCUUUCUCAUUUAACAAGAAUGAAAGUGUCCCCACCAUCACAGCCAAGAUCCCCGAGUUUAACUCCAUCAUCGGGCAGCGCCUGGAUUUCAGUGACAUCGAUUUGGAGAGGCUGAACCGAAUGUACAAUUGCACCACAACUCACACCCUUUUGGAUCACUGUGCUUUUGAAAAGGCAAACAUCUGUGGGAUGAUUCAGGGUACCAGAGAUGAUGCUGACUGGGUCCACGAGGACAGCUCUCGGCCUGGACAAGUGGAUCACACCUUGGUGGGACGAUGCACAGGGGCCGGCUACUUCAUGCUCUUCAACACCAGCUCGGGGCUGGCGGAGGAGGCAGCCUUGCUGGAGUCUCGGAUUCUUUACCCAAAGAGGAAGCAGCAGUGCCUGCAGUUUUUCUAUAAGAUGACAGGAAGCCCUUCAGACAGACUUGUCGUCUGGGUCAGGAGAGAUGACAGCACGGGCAAUGUGCGCAAGCUGGUCAAGGUGGAGACCUUUCAAGGAGAUGCUAACCAAAAUUGGAAGAUUGCCCAUGUGACGCUCAGAGAAGAGAAGAAGUUUCGCUACCUUUUCCAGGGCACAAAAGGCGACCCUCAGAACUCCAAUGGGGGAAUUUACCUGGAUGACAUCACCCUGACAGAAACUCCAUGCCCCGCGGGGGUCUGGACAAUACAUCACUUCUCCCAGGUCCUUCAGAACACGGUUAAGGGCGACUCGCUCCUGAGCCCUCGAUUCUACAACUCAGAGGGAUAUGCGUUUGGGCUGACCCUAUACCCUCACGGUAGGCUGAACUCCAGCAGCUCUGGCUACCUGGGGCUCUCUUUUCACCUGCUCAGCGGGCAGAAUGACGCCAUCCUGGAGUGGCCAGUGGAAAACAGGCAGGCGAUCAUGACAAUACUGGACCAGGAACCCGAUGUCAGGAAAAGGAUGUCCUCAAGCAUGGUGUUCACCACCUCUAAGUCCCAGACAUCUCCAGCAAUAAACAACUCAGUCAUCUGGGACAGACCAUCCAUCGUGGGAACUUAUGACCAGAACUGUAGCUGUUACAGAAGCAUUGACUGGGGCUGGAGUGGUUUCAUCUCCCACCAGAUGCUGAAAAGGAGGAGUUUCCUUAAAAAUGACGACCUUAUCAUGUUUGUGGACUUUGAAGAUAUCACCUACCUCAACCGGACUGAAGUCACCCCUAGAGACACAAGGCUGAACCCCCAAGGCCUUGUUCUCCACGGCCAGGAGCAGCAGGCCUCAGAAGAAGGCUUGGUAGAAAAGGCCCUACCUGGCAGCCAGGGCAAAGGGCAACCCAGCAGGCAGAAGCGGUCAGUGGAGAGCACGGGCCCCCUGGAAGACCACAACUGGCCACCGUACUUCAGAGACCCAUGCGACCCGAACCCUUGCCAGAACGAAGGCAUCUGUGUGAACGUGAAGGGCAUGGCGAGCUGCAGGUGUGUCUCGGGUCACGCCUUCUUCUACACGGGGGAGCGCUGCCAGGCCAUGCAGGUGCACGGCAGCCUCCUGGGCCUGGCCGUCGGGGGCGCGGCCGGCGUGAUCUUCCUGACCCUCAGCAUCCUCUCCAUCCUCUCCAAAAAGCCGAGGCAGUGACCCGCCCGCUGACAUCGGCCAGACCAGAGGGCUCCUCCUCUA